AAACGAUAUCAUCGUGCUUUAGGGAAAAAGUCAAAUAGGCACUUUCUUUUUGCACAUGUGGACUGAGGUUUAUCACAAGCUACCAAACCUUCAAAUCCAACACGGGUUCAAAGUGAGAGCACUAUAUAGAAAAAUUGGUCAUUGAAUUACACCAUUAAGGGUGAUAAGCUCUCCAUCAACUGCAAGAAGGUCAUAUCCUUCUGUUCAGCCUCAUCGUUGUGCUGUGAGCUAACCAGUCGAAGAUGUCAGGCAACAUGGCUCCCACUGUCAAUGUCACUCUGGUGAUGCUGUCCAACCAGAGUCAAUGUGAAGAAGCCGACUCAUUUGAGUUUUUUUUUGUACCAGUGGUCUACUCUGUGGUAUUCUGUCUGGGGCUGCCCAGCAACCUACUCGCACUGUUGGUUUUCCUCCAGAGAACUGAGGCGGUCAAGAAGGUUAUCCAGAUCUACCUCCUGAACCUCACCAUUGCAGACAUUCUCUUCAACCUCAUGUUGCCAUUUUGGGUGGUCUACUAUGUUAAAAGGGGAGACUGGAUCUUCACUGAGAUAGGCUGUCGGCUGGCCGGUGCUAUCUACUAUGUGUGCACCUACAGCUCCAUCACGUUCAUGACUCUUAUUAGCAUCAAUCGUUACUGCAUUGUGACGAAGAGAAGCAACAGAUACGUCUCCAGUAAGAGAGGUGCUUUUAUUUCCUGCAUGCUGUCUUGGGCUUUCUGGUUCUGCUGUGCCAUUCCCACUCUCUUGGUUGACCAGACCUCCAAAACUGAAUUUGGAUUAACCAAAUGCUUUGAAAAAUUCUCCCAGAGUACACUGUACUAUUUUGCGGUUUGUGGCUUUUUUGGCGUCUCAUUUUUCAUGGUUUUGCUAACCUACAUCUCAAUCAUCAGAUCCCUGUCGGCCCCGGACAGCCUGUCCCAUUCAAAAACUCCUCGCACACUGGCCAAAGCAAUGGUUUCUGGCAUUCUGCUGGUUUUCCUAAUCUGUGUGGCCCCGUAUCACAUCACCUUGGUGUUCUGGGUGAUAGAGGGGGGACAAAGACAUGGCUGCUUUCGUAUGUCAGCCCUGCGCAUUAGUCACUGGAUCAACACAGGUCUGCUGAGCGUCAACAGCUGCAUCGACCCCCUCAUAUACUGCUUCUCUCUACAACGGUUUAGAGCGGAGAUCAAGGCCAAGUUGCUGUGGUUAACAAAGCGGAGGAGGCCAUCACAGAUUCAUUCAAGCAGGCACUUUCCAGUCUUGUCUCGGUCAACUUCCAGUACCUACUCUUAGUUUGAAAUUUAUGCCACUAAGCUGAGGACCGAUGCAUGAGUUCAGGCAAAGCCAAAGUACCACCACGAAAUUUCUGGGAUUUGGGAAAGACUGACUACAGCUGUGCCAGAGGAGAACGUCACAAAUUUGCUUUCAUUCACUGAGUUUGCAUGGACAUCUCAGAUGGCUAACAUGUCUGUGCCCAUUUAUGCAAAAGUGUAGGAAGGGGAGCUCCAAUGAGGUCCUAAAUUGUCACAAAGAAAAGAAACCCACGUUGAUCAUUGCAUGCCCAACUCGUGUUUCAAGACCACCAUUGUAAUCCAUUUCUUUCUUAAAAUCAUUCAGCAAGAGAAAAUGAACAAACUACACACAAUUACUAUGUGAAAAAGUAAGUACACUCCAUGGAAAUUAUUGACUUUUUCAACAUAUUUGAACAGACAUUAAAUCAGAUAAUGCCUAGUGAUAAAGGUGAUAUACAGUACUUAAAUAAAAACACCAGGAAAUCCCGAGUUUUCGGUCAUUAAUGCCACCAAAAUAUCAAUGGAUGUAAUGGUCCCCUGGGGAAAAAGUAAAUCCACCCUUAGCCUCAAAAGCUGGUAUUGUCCCCUUUGGCAGAAAUUACUUCUUGUAGGUGUUUUGUAGAACUGCCCACCUAUUCCUGACAUCGACUCGAUGAAAGUUUUGGCCUCUCCUCCAUGCAAAAUUCUACCAGUUGCAAGAUGUUUCUGAGUUUUCUUGUGUAUACUGCACAUCUACAAUAUUUCAGUAAAUUCAAAUCAUGGCUUUGACUAGGCCAGUCCAUAGCCCUCCAGUUCUUCUUUUUGAGGCAUUCCUUGGUGGUUUGGCUAGUAUGCUACGGAUCAUCAUCAUUUAGAAAGGCCCAUUUCCAAUUCAACUUCCAUUUUUUAGACAAAUGGCCUCACAUUAUCUUCAAGCACACUUUGAUAUGAUGUUACAAUUCAUAGUUGACUUGAUGAAUACAAGCUGCCCAGGCCCUAAGGCAGCAAAGAAACCUCCAACCAUAACAUUUCCAUCACCAUGUUUCACAGCUGGUAUGAGGUUCUGCUCCUGAAAUGCAGUUUUUGGCUUGCACCAAACCUAUCUACAGUUACUGUGGUCAAACACCUCUAUCUUUAAUUUAUCGGUCCAAAGCACAUUGUUCCAGCAGGCCUGAUUGUCAAUGUAUGUACUUGGACACCAGCUUUUGCAAGAGUCACUUGCAGAAUGAAAUUUUUGGGUUCUUGGAGACUUCUUUUAGUAUCAAACGGGCAGCUUUUGGGCUGAAUUUGUAGUUUGAAAUCUAUGUCACUUGUCCAUGAGUUUCCUUACACUGGAAUGACUGAUUUCAAGUAAUUUGAUGACAUUUUUAAACACCCUGCCAUGCUUAGGGGCAGCCACAAGCUUCUUUCUAAGGGUCUUAGAGAACUCUUUUGAUCUUUGCAUGAUGAGACCACUCGCAUCAAUAGCAAAGAGAACACCAGACCCUCGGUAUCUGCGAUUUAAAUAAGACAGGGCUCAUCUGCAUACUCCCUGAAGAGGCUCAAAUCAUUUGCAUUCAAUCUGAAAUAUCAGAAUCUAAUUUUAUGGAUUUGAAGGGGUGAUAAAUGUAGGGGUGUCCUUAUUUUUUCCACAUGCAUUUUUGUUCAUUUAGAUUAUGAGAAUGAAUACACCAUGACAAUUGUCUGUGCUAUUUGUUCAAGGAGAUCACCUUUAUCUCUUGGCACUGUUUGCAUGAAGAUCUAAUGUUUGCCCAUUCAAAACUGGUGAAGGAAUCAAUAAUUUCUAUAGGGUCCAUAGAGUCAAACAUGUUAAAGUUAAAAAACAACAAUCCCCACCAACAUCCC